AUCAAUUUAUUCCAAGCAAAUAGGUGCUGGAUUUUAUAAAGCAUCGAUUCAUUUGGGAAACUCAGGAUUUAUGGAUGGUGUUCCAUGGAAGAACUAGGAUAAAGUCCUUUUAGCGUCUCCUUUAGCGUCUUUUUGGAUCCGUUUCGUUCUUGUCUUGGUCGUAGACCCAUGGCAAAGUGGUUUAGAGAUCACCUAAGUUUUGGCAGCAGGAAAGGACCGCCACAGCCCCCGAAACCCGACUACACCGAAAGCGAGAUCCUACGAGCCUACAGGGCUCAGAAAGAGCUGGACUUUGAGGACCCUUACGAACCCUUGGAGAACCGGGUGCUGAACCGCUCCGGGUCGGUGAAAACAUUCCCAGCGUUUGGCACUGUGCUGUCCAACGGCGUGGAGGUGAAGAUCGUGUCUCCCAAACACAGACUGAUAAAAGUGGAAUCUCAGGAAUUUGGGUGUAGCAAAAUACCACUGAACAUCGUGACCUUUGAGGAACCGCAGGCCCCUGUGGUUCCCUCGGCUCCUGCGGUCGGGGAAACUGAUUACUCGGACCCGUUUGACGCCAGGCCGGACCCGCGGCCCAGACCCGGCUGGGAGCAGAACGCCGUCGAAGCCUGCAGCAGUUACAUGGAGCCGUUUGAGGCCCAACGAUUCAUAAGUGGGCUCCAGCACAGCUCCGAUCAGGGCAGGAACAGCCCGCAGCUGUACGACAGCCCGUACGAGGAGAGAGUUUGGACCCGUGCAGCCCCUGAGGAGGACGAGAGAGAGAGCCGUCUGCCCCAGGAUGACGAGAGGCCGGCGGAUGAGUACGACCAGCCCUGGGAGUGGAAGAAAGAGAACAUCUCCAAAGCCUUCGCCGUAACUUUUGAAGCCAGAGACCGGGAUCAAUGCACGCUGCCCCGUGACGAGGAAUCCAGGAAGGCAGGAGCGUCCAGAAUCAGUCCUUCAUCCAGCAGAGCCACCAGCCUGCACAAACCCAGCAACACGCACGGCAUCCUGGGAGAGAGAGUGGAUCCCAUGCUGCCUCUGGAGAAGCAGGUAUGGUACCAUGGUGCACUGACUCGCUCAGAAGCUGAAUCUCUGCUCACGCUGUGUAAGGAGUGCAGUUACCUGGUGAGGAAGAGCCAGACGAGCCGAAACGUCUAUUCACUGUCUCUCAGGAGCUGUCACGGGUUCAUGCACAUGAAGUUCUCGCAGUCUCGUGAUGGGAAGUUCAUCCUGGGAGAGAACAGUCCUCCGUUUGACUCCAUCCCUGAAGUCAUUCAUUACUACACCACGAACAAACUGCCCAUCCGCGGAGCCGAACACCUGUCUCUGCUGUUCCCGGUGCUGGUGCAGACGCUCUGAGACCACACACACACACGGUUAUCACGCUCGCACACAGACACACUCAGGGCUUCACUCAGCCGGCUGCAACAGUGCUUCAUUUUCAAUCACAGGCUCUUCCAGAGUUUGAUUCGUGUUUGGAGUAGGAAUAUAAUUUUUCAAGCGUGUGAUCAAAUUCAUCCCAGGUGUGAAUGAAAACACAGGUGGCCUGUAGUGACACUGUAUCGAUGUGCAACACGCGUGUGAUGAAUAUUUUCCGCACCACUGGACUCUAAAGUGUCUUCGUGUCACACUGGGAACUGCAAUAUUAUUACUCUCUCUGCUCCAAACUCUUUAAAUGAUAGAUUUAACAUUUAAGGAUAAAUGUAGCCUGACCAAAGUAUUUCUAAAGAUUUUGCUAAAUACUAAAAAGCAAUGAUGUACAGUUAAAAUCCUAUUCUCUG